ACAUACAGGAAGCCACUGCUGACUAAGCUGCAGAAAGCGUAUUCCUUUCUAUAUCUGAAACAAAGCCGUUUGGUUUUAAAACACCUGACCUCAAACAGACUUUUCUGUGGUUGGUGUUGCAUUGUUAACUUCCCAUUUGUUUUGCAAUGCUCCUAUUCAAAAUGAGGGUGUCAACAUUAGCAACUUUCAGCUCACACCCCUGAGAGGAUUAUUCCUUCAGAAGACUGUGCUCCACCAAAGAAGAACACACGAUCCACACAGGGAGAGAACUAUAGUUUGCCUGUGUUUUCAACUCUGAAAAUCCCAACUUGUUUAUCUGAAUAAGUCUUUUGAAGAUGUGUUACCAUAACAGAAGAUCACACGCACAGAACUUGGGAUGCACGAGUUAAUGGAGAAGGAAUGACACCCACUUUGACUGGAAGAUUUCUUAACUUUAAGAUCCAAACCAAAUAGAUGGGAUGAAGGAUGCUAGUCAAGAAAAAGCCAUGGGUCAUCUUGGUGCUGUGUCUGGCAGCUUUCCUGUGGAAGAUGUACAGGUGUGUGCAUAUGGGCCUUUUUCCAGACAGCUCUGAACAAUGGUCAUCCUUGGAUUCCUUCCUAGAACAAAGAAUUUGCAACUGCAACAGGUGCAUUGACCAUAACCCUCAGGACUGGUUUUGUGAUCACUAUGAUACGUCGGUCAACUGCCUGCUAACUCGUGAAUCCCAAAAGAUCCCUCCAGAGGUUCUGCUUUGGUGGCUGAAGCUACAAAGAUCACAGGAUGGAAACCAAGUACAGAAGAUAAUAAAACACCUGUUUGAGAUCUUUCCAUCCUCAACUGCAGAAACCCAGGAGACUGCCCAGUGUGGAACAUGUGCUGUGGUGGGGAAUUCGGGGAGGCUGAGAGGCUCAAAAUAUGGGGAAAAUAUUGACUCUCACCAUUUUGUCCUGAGGAUCAACACGGCACCAACUUCAGGCUAUGAAGAGGAUGUUGGUGCAAAAACCACCCACCAUUUUAUGUACCCAGAGAGUGCAAUGGACCUUCGUUCUGGUGUCCAUCUUAUGCUUGUCCCCUUCAAACCUCUGGAUCUCAAAUGGCUAGCCAGUGCCUUUUCCUCAGGAGAAAUACAGCACACAUACAGAAGAGUCAAACAAUUUGUUGAAGCAGAUAAAAGCAAGGUACGAAUCAUAAACCCUGCCUUCCUGAAAUAUAUCCAGGAUAAAUGGACUAAGUACCGUGGAAGGUAUCCAUCUACUGGAUUCACCGCACUCAUUUUUGCUAUCCAUACUUGUACACAGGUCUCUGCAUUUGGUUUUGGUGCAGACAAUAAUGGGAACUGGCACCAUUACUGGGAAGAGAACCAUUAUGCUGGAGCAUUCCGUAAGACUGGGGUACACGAUGCCAACUUUGAACUUGGACUCAUUGAAAGACUUGCAGAAGAGGGCAAAGUAUUAUUUUACAAAUAGCCUGCUUCAGUGCCUUAUAGUCUGUAUUGCAUGCACAGCUUUUUCUUUUGAGUUGUCAUCAAUUAUACAUGCUUCAUUGCAUUUGAUUACAACAGAAAGAGUAAAUUUCCAUGAACUCAAAAAUAACUGGGAAUAUAUAUACACCUAAAUAUU